AUGGCCAAGCGGACAGCAAUUGUGACGGGCUCAUCCCGUGGGAUCGGCGAAGCGAUCGUUCGACGACUCGCGGCAGAGGGCUAUGCGGUCUGCGUCAAUGACGUCUCAGCCAAUAAGUCCGGCAUCGACAAACUCGUGUCCGAGCUCAACUCCAAACACGGCUCCGGUGCUGCCAUUGGUGUGGUCGCCGACGUAACCUCCUCGUCGGAAGUGCAGUCGAUGAUAAAAGAGUCGGUAGAGAAACUCGGUCCCCUGACAGUCAUGGUCGCGAACGCCGGCAUCGCGCAGGUCGCGCCAGCACUGGAUAUCUCGGACGCAGACGUCCGCCGAAUGUUCGACGUGAACUUUAUGGGGGUGUGGCUGUGCUAUACGCAUGCGGCCAGGCAGAUGAUCUCGCAGGGGCCGGUCCCCGAGGGCAGCAGUGGGUACAAGAUCCUGGGUGCGGCGAGCAUCGUCGCCUUCAAGCCGUUCCCGCUCCUGUCGCACUACAGCGCGUCAAAAUGGGCGGUGAGGGGCCUCACACAAGUGUUUGCGAUGGAGAUGGCCAAACACAAGAUCAACGUCAACGCUUACGCGCCGGGCAUUGUCGGGACGGCCAUGUGGGAUCUUAUCGACGAGAAGCUAGGCGAGAUCGAGGGGAGACAGAAGGGCGAAUCGGUCAAGAAGUACAGCUCGGAUCUGACGGCGUUGGGCCGCGUCAGCGUCCCAGAGGACGUCGGGAACGUCGUCGGUGGGUUCAUGUGCUCCAAAGACGCAGAAUUUGUCACGGGUCAGACCAUUGUCAUUGACGGCGGUAUCGUGUUCACUUGA